ACUGGCGGCGCUCGAGGGCGGCAUCGGGCUCGGAUAUCGCGCGUCCGUCGUUUCGAAUGUCUCCGCGUGCUUUGCAUUCCUGUGUAUAUUCAUCACAUCGGUUCAAAAAUCCGGAAGGAUAACUCAAAAUGGUUGAAGCCGAUGAUGUGGAACUAGAGAAUAUGUUCCGCAAGUACUGCGCCCGAUUGAAACACUCCCUUUUCCUGUCGUGCGUGAGCGUCGCCACCCUGGCAUGCGUCGCCUCUUUGAUCACAGAAUGUGCACUGCACACAAAGGACAUCCAAAACCAGCUGCUAUCCAUCUGUUUCCUCUCCGUCGUGAGCACUGUACUUAUAGUCAUUCUAGUAGCGUCUCAGAUUCCGCAGCUAAGGAAUCAAAAGGCAUGGACGCUGUCUGUAUCUACGCUGAUUAUGGGUUUGAUGUUUGCAACUGCGUUGUUCCUGGCGGAUCGACAUGGAUACAUGCCAUUGUUUGCACUUUUUCUGGCACUACACACAAUGUUACCGAUUUCACAUUUGCUGGCUGUCGUUAUGUCGACGAUUAUUACGAUUAUUCAUUUAUCAUUGUCAGUUACCACAAGAUAUAAUGUUAAUGAACCGUAUGCCAAAGAGCUUCUCUCUGAAAUAUUAGUAUUGAUCACCGCCAGUUGCACUGGCAUGUAUUAUCGUUUCAUGACAGAAAGCGCGCAUCGACGAAUGUUUGAAACGACAUUGAAAAGUGUCGAGUCUCGACUUCAACGUGAAUGCGAAACUGAACAACAGGAGAGUUUAGUUUUGAGUGUGCUACCGGCAAAUAUUACUGAAGAAGUCAAGCGGAAAAUGUUCGACGACCACGGGCAUCAGUGCUUCCACGAAAUGCACGUGCAGCGCCACAACAACGUGUCGAUUCUGUAUGCGGAUAUCGUCAAUUUUACUCCAUUAUCGGAGCAACUUAGCGCAUCCGAACUGGUCGAAACACUGAACGAGCUCUUCAGCCGCUUCGAUAAACUAGCGCAAGAUAAUCAAUGCAUGAGGAUUAAAAUUCUUGGAGAUUGCUAUUAUUGUGUGUCCGGAUUGCCAAUUUCACGGCCUAAUCAUGCCUACAACUGCGUCAACAUGGGUCUUCAAAUGAUUGACGCCAUCAGAUUCGUGCGCGACGUAACAGGAAUCAAGGUUGACAUGCGAAUAGGCAUUCACAGUGGAAACGUGUUGUGCGGCUUGCUGGGACUACGGAAAUGGCAGUACGAUGUGUGGAGUGACGAUGUUACACUUGCCAAUCACAUGGAGUCUGGCGGCAUCGCCGGGCGAGUUCACAUCACGAAAGCCACACUAUUAGAGCUGGAUAAUCGAUUUGAAUGCGAACCGGGUGACGGAAUGAAGAGAGACACUUAUCUUGCUGAUCAUAAAAUUGAAACAUAUCUUAUUAUACCACCAAAAAAAUUAGAUGCUGAAUCAAAUGCGGGUAGCAGAACACAAUUGUGCGCUGAUUCCGAUCGAAGUCGGAGUCGGAGUCACUCCUUCUGCAGUGAUAUGCAACAGGAUAUAACACCCACGCGUCCAACGCGUCCUUUGAUGAAACACGUUGAGUGUUGGGGCGCGGAGAAACCUUUUGCUAACUUUGUCGGACCACAGACAAGUAAAUUUCAAAGUCUAGUUGAGUCUACAUUAUUUCCUGAUAAAGUAACACGUUUUGAACUACGUGGUGAUUUAAAUCCAAUCCUUUUGUGGUUUAAUGAUAGUCAGCAUGAAAAGCAGUAUGAAUCUCAAGCGGACACCGAGUUUCAUUAUUACAUGUUUUACGCGUGGAUGAUCUUUGUGGUGAUGGGAUGCACGCAAAUUACUAUUCUGCCAGCGAGUGUGUUAUUGUAUGGAACAUUAAUACCAACAUUCUCUGUGCUCCUAAUGUUUGUCUACCUGACAUGGACGAAAAGUUGCUGCUUCAUGCGGAAACUAGAAAGCGAAGUUGCGAUGCCCUGCGUGGAACUGACGCCGGCUGAAAUAGUAUCAAACUCUCGCGGAAUUCGUCUGACGAUUUUCAUGCUGUCGGUGAUGUUGAUAUCGACCACUGCAGUUAUAACACUGGCGGAUUACACUCCUGCCUCGCUGGAAUCGCUGCACUCGUACCAAGCGAGAUUCUUUCGCAAUCUGAAUAUCAGUCGGAGCAAUUUUACAAAGCCGUUGAUGAUUGGCAAUCGAGAUCGGUGGAACUCCCGCAUUAAUAAUACGGGCGUUAAUGGAUAUGGAAAUUCAGACGCCGUCAGCGGAGAUACGAUAAUCGAAUACUUACCGACCUACUUACAAAGUUCGAUGUUAUCAGUGUCAGCCAUUGCUGUGUUUCUGCGUCGAUCAUUUUUAUUAAAGUUAAUAUUAAUGGUAAUUACCAUUUCUGUGCACAUUAUUGUUUACAGUUACUUUAAUAUGUUUCAAGAUGAAGAAACUGAAAAUGACAAAUUUGUUGGAAUGCCGUUUGUGCUCAAAUGCAGCGUGGGAUUAAGCGUUGUGGUAAUUUUAUACCACAUUCUGGAUCGGCAAUUAGAGUACACAUCCCGCACAGACUAUCUCACAAAGUCAAAACUUAACGAGGAGCAGAAUGCGAUUGAACAAGCCAGAAGUAAAAAUAAGAUUAUUCUUGAAAAGAUACUUCCCGCUCACGUGGCUGAACAUUAUCUGACAACACGGACAACACAAGAAUUAUACCAUGAGCGCUACUAUUGCAUUGCUGUAAUGUUCGCAUCGAUCCCAAACUAUCAAGAUUUCUAUGGUGAGAGUGACAUAAAUAAGCAGGGUUUGGAAUGUCUCCGGCUGCUGAAUGAAAUAAUAUGUGAAUUCGAUAAAAUUCUGGACAAGCCCAAAUUUAGUUGUAUUGACAGAAUUAAGACGAUUGGAAGCACUUAUAUGUUAGCAUCGGGUCUACAACCCGGAAAAGAGGAUUGCGAAGAAAAUAUGAAGAAAACUGAACAUUUGGUUGUGUCGUUAGUGGAAUUUGCAAUUGCGCUUAUGACAAGACUCGAACAAAUCAACAAAGAUUCAUUCCAACGCUUCAAAUUACGCUUUGGAAUCAAUCAUGGACCCGUUAUUGCUGGUGUUGUGGGCGCACAAAAACCACAAUAUGAUAUCUGGGGGAACACUGUAAAUGUCGCAUCACGAAUGGAUUCCUGCGGCGUGAUGGGACGAAUUCAAGUCACGGAUAAAACGGCGGAAGUACUUACACAAGCUGGAUACUCCCUGGAAUGCCGAGGCGCAAUAGAAGUUAAAGGAAAAGGAACGUUAACAACUUAUUUAGUUAAUACCCCUUUUGAUGAUCCUAAGGGCAAAGAUAAAGAGAGUAAUUCUAGUCAUUGAAUUCCACGGAGAUUAUUUUUUCAAUGUUGACGUAAAUGAACCAAUUUAUUUAUUUGUGUUAGUUUUAAUCAAAUUUUAAAUAAACUUGAGAAAAUCUUAAAGGAUGAGAUCCUGAGUAAUCAAUACAUAUUCCUAUGUGAUUGUGAGUAUACCAUGAUUAAAGUACAACUUGUAAAAUAGAUCAGGAGCAAAAUGCGUGCGAAUGGCACGGCUCUCCAGAAUAGGAAAUUAUUAUAAUCAUGAUAUGUAAUAUUUAUUAAUAAAUAGUAUUAAGAUCAA